AUGAGUGGACGUGCCCGCACCAGGGCUCGAGGCCAGGACCGCAGCCCCAGGGCCACAGAAGUGGGGCACUGCCCGGCCUCCUUGUCGACCACAUCCGUUGAUCUGAGUAACAAUGACGCGUCUUCUAGCAGUGGCUUCAUGGGAACCAGCACGAUUUCACAGCAACGUAAGUGCAAUGUAUCUCCUGGCGAUGUUGGAGGUACUGUCAUGGAAAGAGCUGUGAAAAUGAGCCGGAGCUUCAUGGAUUUGGGCAUCUGUACCAGAAAGAAAUUGGCACAUGUGAGAGACUGUAAAACAGGUUCCAGUGGAAUACCUGUGAAAUUGGUUACAAAUCUGUUUAAUUUAGAUUUUCCCCAGAACUGGCAGCUAUACCAGUACCAUGUGACAUAUAUUCCAGAUUUAGCUUCUAGAAGGCUGAGGAUGUCUUUGCUUUAUAGUCAUAGUGAACUUUCCAACAAACCAAAAGCAUUCGAUGGUGUUAUCCUUUUUCUCUCACAAAAGCUAGAAAAAAAGGUCACAGAAUUGUCAAGUGAAACUCACAGAGGUGAGACUGUAAAGAUGACUGUAACUCUAACGAGCGAGCUGAACGCAAGCUCCCCUGUGUGCAUCCAGUUCUUCAAUAUCAUCUUCAAAAAGAUCUUAAAACAAUUGUCCAUGUACCAAAUUGGACGGAACUUCUAUAAGCCUUCAGAGCCAGUGGAAAUUCCCCAGCACAAAUUAUCCCUUUGGCCUGGGUUUGCCAUUUCUGUAUCACAUUUUGAAAGUAGGCUCCUGUUUAGUGCUGACGUGAGUUAUAAAGUCCUCCGGAAUGAGACUGUUUUGGAAUUCAUGACUGAUCUCUGUUACAAUACUGGCAUGUCCUGCUUUACCCAGAUUUGUGAGAAACAGCUGAUAGGGCUUAUUGUCCUUACAAGAUACAAUAACAAAACCUACCGUAUUGAUGACAUUGACUGGACGGUGAAGCCCACACAUACCUUUCAGAGGCGGGAUGGCUCUGAAAUCACCUAUGUGGAUUACUACAAACAGCAAUACGAUAUUACUUUAUCUGACCUAAAUCAGCCAGUGCUUGUUAGUCUGUUGAAAAGAAAGAGAAAUGACAACACUGAGGCUCAGAUUGUUCACCUGAUGCCUGAGUUCUGCUUUCUAACAGGUCUGACUGAACAGGCAACCUCUGAUUUCCACCUGAUGAAGGCUGUGGCUGAAGAAACACGUCUUAGUCCUUUGGACCGGCAGCAGCAGCUGGGCAGGCUUGCUGACAAUAUCCAGAGAAACAAGAUUGCUCGUUUUGAGCUAGAGACCUGGGGACUGCAUUUUGGAAGUCAAAUGUCUCUGACAGGCCGGGUUUUGCCUUCAGAAAAAUUAUUAAUGCAAGACCACAUAUGUCAUCCUGUGUCUGCUGCUAAUUGGUCCAAGGAUAUACGAACUUGCAAGAUUUUAAGUGCACAGUGUUUGAAUAAAUGGCUAAUUUUAUGUAGUAACAGAGCUGAAAAUGUGAUCGAGGGCUUUCUGAACUGUUUGAGAAGAGUUGGAAGUUCCAUGGGAUUUAAUGUGGGCUACCCUAAAAUCAUAAACGUACAAGAAAAUCCAGCUGCCUUCCUUCGAGCCAUUCAGCAACAUGUGGAUCCUGAUGUUCAGUUGGUGAUGUGCAUUCUGCCUUCUAAUCAGAAGAACUAUUAUGACUCCAUUAAGAAGUAUUUAAGCUCUGACUGCCCAGUUCCAAGCCAGUGUGUGCUCACUCGGACCUUGAGUCGGCCAGGAAUGGUGAUGAGCAUCAGCACCAAGAUUGCCAUGCAAAUGGCCUGCAAACUUGGAGGCGAGCUGUGGGCUGUAGAGAUACCUUUAAAGUCUCUGAUGGUAGUUGGUAUUGAUAUCUGCAAAGAUGCUCUCAGCAAGGAAGUGUUGGUGGUUGGAUUCGUGGCCAGUGUGAACCCCAGAAUCACCAGGUGGUUUUCCCGCUGUAUCCUUCAGAGAACAACAACUGAUAUUGCAGAUUGCUUAAAAAUCUUCAUGACUGGAGCACUCAAAAAAUGGUACAAGCACAACCAUGAUUUGCCAGCACGGAUCCUUGUGUAUCGCGAUGGUGUCGGGGAUGGUCAGCUAAGAGCGGUUAUUGAAUAUGAAGUCCCACAACUGCUGAGCAGCGUCACAGAAUCCAGCUCAAGUACCAGUUCUCUCCUCAUUUUUUGCUGCAGACUAUCCGUGAUUGUGGUCAGGAAGAGGUGCAUGCCGCGAUUCUUCACAGAAAUGGACCACACGCUGCAGAACCCCCCACUUGGCACCAUCGUGGACUCAGAAGCCACACGCUCUGAGUGGUACGACUUUUACUUGAUCAGCCAAACCGCCUGUCGGGGAACUGUUAGUCCCACCUACUAUAAUGUCAUCUAUGAUGACAACGGCUUGAAGCCUGACCACAUGCAGAGGCUAACAUUCAAGUUGUGCCAUCUGUACUACAACUGGCAGGGUUUAAUCAGUAUCCCAGCACCAUGUCAGUAUGCACACAAGCUGACCUUUCUGGUGGCACAAAGCAUUCAUAAGGAACCAAGUUUGGAGUUAGCUAAUUAUCUCUUCUACCUGUGA